UGUUAGCUGUGACCUCCAUUUAUUCUUCUCUUUCUUUCACCAUUCAAUUCACUUCUGCUUUUCAUAAUCCCUGAAAAUCUUCGUCCGUUUAAUUUCUUCUGCAUUAUGGCUAUGUUGUCAUCAUGCAUGUGACUUAGUUUUACUAUACAGUAAUUCGUAUUAUGUGUGCUUCCUUUAUAUUAUUAUGAUUUACUUCUGUCUCUCAACAAAACCAAUCUCUUUUUUCUUUUUAGUUUGGUGAAUGUUAUCCAUUUUAUAUAUUGAUUGUAUAAUGCAGAAGAGGCACCUAAAAUCAUAAAAUUUUGUAUAAUUUAAUAAAUUUGAAUUCUUGAAACUUUGUAAAAAAACAAUUGUGCAACUCUACGCUAGGUAUUGGAACUUCUAGACAUGGACAAAUUAAAGGUAAAUGGCUCUCCGGACACAGUUCUAGAGGACUUUUUGAGGGCUGCAGUGUCACAAUCAGACUCUUCAAAAGCUAGCACUUCAGAAUUGGAAGGUGCAAAACAUAACAGGCGUGUUUCAAGAUGGGCUGGAGUUUUCGAGCUAUUUCGAACGAAAUCGAAGAGAUACUUAGCUAAGGAUCCUCAAGGUUCUUCUCUUAAAGUACUGUCUAAAAGAUUUAGCAGCAGCACGAGAGAGUUAGUUGGGGCUGUGAAAAGUCCCAUUGUUGAUGAUGAUUUCAAGUACUUCAAGCCUAAGUGGAGGAAUUUCACCCUCUCUGAGCUCCAAGCUGCAACCAACAGUUUCCAACAAGAAAACUUGAUAGGAAAGGGUGGUUAUGCAGAAGUUUACAAAGGAUGUUUAAGAAGUGGACAAUUUGUCGCGAUUAAGCGGCUCACGAGGGGACCUCAAGAUGAGAGAACAGGGGAUUUUUUGUCUGAGCUUGGAAUAAUGGCUCAUGUCAAUCAUCCAAACACCACCAAGUUGAUUGGUUAUGCAGUUGAAGGCGGACUCUAUCUUGUUCUUGAGCUUUCGCCUAAUGGAAGCUUGGCCAAUAUGUUGCAGAUGUCAACGCAGAAACUAGACUGGAAAAUCAGGUAUAAGGCAGCUAUCGGGACAGCUGAAGGGCUGCGCUAUCUUCACGAGGGUUGUCAAAGAAGAAUCAUUCACAGAGAUAUUAAGGCUGCAAAUAUCUUGCUUACAGAAGACUUUGAGCCUCAGAUUUGUGACUUCGGCCUUGCAAAAUGGUUGCCAGAGCGGUGGACUCACCUCACUGUAUCGAAAUUUGAAGGCACAUUUGGUUACCUUGCUCCAGAGUUCUUAAUGCAUGGCAUAGUUGAUGAAAAAACGGAUAUUUUUGCUUUUGGAGUGCUAAUGUUGGAACUUAUCACUGGACGCCGAGCUCUUGAUUUCUCACAGCAAAGCCUGGUCUUAUGGGCCAAACCACUGCUGAAGAAGAACAGAAUUAGAGAGCUUGUUGAUCCUUCACUUGCUGAUGACUACAACUUGUUACAAAUGAACCUCAUGGUCUUAGCUGCUUCUUUGUGUAUACAACAGUCUUCCAUCAUACGUCCACAAAUAAGUCAGGUUCUGCAGCUUCUCAAAGGCAACCGCGGCAGCCUAGAUAUUAUCAGGAGAUGCAGAAAAUCUUCCCAUUGGACGAGGCACUAUGAAGACCUCUUUUGUGCAGAAGAAUGUAAAAUGAUCAGAGGUUUAAGUAUGCAGGAACAGUCCAGUUGACGUCUGAGAUGGCUCAAACUGUGUCACUGAGUUGACAAAAGAUGGAUCUUCACGUUUCUUCUCAUGAUUUAAUGGAAAGCAUGGAGUGUUAUGCCUCUGCUCAUAUUUUGCUCCCUGCCGCAAAGUAUGAAGGCAAGGAUCUAAAGUCAGUCUGUGACCCCUGGAUGCCAAACGCGUCCUAUAGUUACUGAAACAAUUGUCAUUGUUCACACGUUACAUCAAAAUCAAUGAAGAAGUGACUAUAGUCUCUAAA